AUAACUUUCUCGAAUUCCUCUCACAAAAAAUAAAUUGAUAUUGUUAGGUUAUAAGUGAAAUUCAAAUGAAGCAACAUGGCUUUGGAUGGAAGAUCCAGCGAUGCCUUAACCGACUAUGUUGACAUUCGUCAUAAAUUGGAAGAGAUUUUAAAAUUAAUGUUAGUUAUCUGGUGCCAAGAGAACAAAGCCUUAAAUCUUGUGUCAACGUCACAAACUGAGUGCGACAAAACUGUUAUAGUUCAUCGAGAAUCGGGAGAAUUUGGGUUUCGGAUUCAUGGAUCAAAGCCAGUAGUAGUAUCGGCCAUUGAACCUGGAACACCUGCUGAGACGUCUGGUCUCGAAGUGGGUGACAUUGUUUUGUCAGUAAAUGGGGUCAGCGUACUUGACAAAAGUCAUUCUGAGGUAGUGAAGAUCGCUCAUGCAGGUAGUGAUACUUUAAAAUUGGAGGUUGCAAGAACAUGUUAUGCUUUAAACCUUCAAAAAGAAAAUUAUAAUACAUCAAGAGCUUUAUACAGUGGAUAUCUAUGGAAACUGGGAGGAUAUGCGAGUGGAACAACGACUAAUAAAUGGAUAAGGAGAUGGUUUAGUUUAAAACAAAAUAAUUGCCUUUACUAUUAUAAGACUGAUAGCGACAAACAGCCUGUGGGGGUUGUUAUGCUGUUUGACCAACAAAUACAGAAACUGGAAGAUGAAGCUGGAUCCAAACCUAAUCGUUUUGUAAUUCAACGACCAGAUGGCGUGCCAUUGCACCUGGCUGCUGAUAACAGUACCGCUCAAGAGAGAUGGAUGGAAGUAAUAAGCAGGGCUAUAGCCGACUCCCAAAAAAUAGACGAUUAUUUGAACGAAGCCAGAAAGAAUUUAACCAUACCGCCUAGUGCUAUUUGUCAACCUGAUUGUUUUGGAUAUUUAAUUAAGUUGGGAACGCAAUGGAAGUCUUGGAAUAGAAGAUAUUGCGUUCUUAAAGAUGCUUGUAUUUAUUUUUAUCAAGAUGCCAAUGCUAAAAGCGCUUUUGGAGUGGCUUGCCUGCAUGGAUAUAGGGUACAACAGUCUGUGUCUGGAAGUAAAAAGCAUGCUUUUGAAGUCAUACCACCAGAUCCCAACAAAAAGUAUUACUACUUUCAUACCGAAUCUGAAGCAGAUAGAAAAAGGUGGUUAGCAGCUCUGGAGUAUUCGAUAGAUAGAUGGUUAAAAAUUCAGUAAAUAGUUGUGAAAACCCUAUAGUAAUUUUAUAAUAUUUUUUUAUACAAAUAUUAUUUAAUAAUACCAAAUAAAUUAUUGUAGCAUAAAAGAGGCGCAUGUUUUUCCCUCUGUAAUCCAAAGCUCAAACUAAUUUUAUUCUGUCUUAUUCAUUUAAUAUUUCAGAUAUGAAUUGUGCACUGCCAGUAUAUGUUAUUAAUAAAU